AUGGGUCCACGCUCAGAUAUGCUGAAGACGUCGAGUGUGGGGAGCUUGCACGAUGACGAUAGCGACGAGGACAGUCGAGUUGUGGAGGAGGACCCAUCAGGCAGAUACUGUCGAUUCAGCGCUGUUCUGGGAAAAGGCGCCUUCAAGACAGUAUACAAGGCGUUCGACAAGGCGGAGGGCAUCGAGGUGGCAUGGAACCAGGUGCAGGUGCGCGACGUGUUCCAGUCGCACGAGGAGCUCGAACGCCUCUACUCCGAGGUGCAUCUGCUCAAGACCCUUCGACAUAAGAACAUUAUCAAGUUUUAUGACUCGUGGGUGGACGCCCGCAACAAGAACGUCAAUUUCAUCACGGAGGUCUUCUCGUCCGGCACGCUCAGACAGUUCCGGCAGCGGCACCGGCAGUGCGACCUGCGCGCGAUCAAGAACUGGUCGCGGCAGGUUCUGCGCGGGCUGUUCUACCUGCACUCGCACGACCCGCCCAUCAUCCACCGCGACCUCAAGUGUGACAACAUCUUCAUCAACGGUAACCAGGGCGAGGUCAAGAUCGGCGACCUCGGGCUCGCCGCCAUCCUGCACCAUCGCGACGCCGCGCAUAGUGUUAUUGGCACGCCGGAGUUCAUGGCGCCGGAGCUGUACGAGGAGGAGUACAACGAGCUGGUGGACAUAUACGCGUUCGGCAUGUGCGUGCUUGAGAUGAUCACGCUCGAAUACCCCUACAGCGAGUGCACCAACGCCGCGCAGGUCUACAAGAAGGUCUCCGAGGGCAAAAAGCCGCUGGCACUGCAGCGCAUUCCGGACGAGGGCAUACGCGAGUUUGUAGAGAUGUGUCUGGCGGACGCCUCCCGCCGCCUGCCCGCGCGCGACCUGCUGCGCCACCCCUUCCUCGCGGAAGGCUCUGGGUCGCUGCAGCAGACCCCUUUCGCGAGCGCCGCCGACCGCGCAUCCCGCCCCCCCCCCGCGGAGGGCGGAGCGGGAAGAAGGAGCGGGAGGAGCGCGGGGAGCAGAGGCGGAAGAUGGGGGGAGAGUGGGGGGAACGCGGGGGGAGGUGGAGGGGGCAGGGGGAUGGGGAUGGGGUGGUUGGGGGGUGAUGAGCUGGUCAGUUUCAGGGGGGGUGAGGGCGCGCGCGGGGGGAGGGGCGGGGGACGGGGAGGGGGAGGGGAAAGGGCUGGGGGCGGGGGAAAAGGGGAAGAGUCAUGGGUGUGGGACACGAAUCUAGAGGUGCCUAAGGCGGUUGGGGCGUGGGUGAAGCAGGGCGGGGAGGAGGGGGAUGCGGAGGAGGAGGUGGGCAGCAAACGCGCAGGAUGGUCGGAGAUUGUGGGGUUGAUGGCGGAGACGUUGCAGCAGCAGGAGUGGGGGGCGGGGGGCAGCGAGGAAGGGGAAGCGGAGAAGGGGGUUGGUGAGAGGAGAGAUGGGGGGAGUGGGGGGGAGGAGGACAAUGAAGGCGUUGAGAGGGAGGGGGGAGAGGAGGGGGAGGGGGAAGGGGAUGGGAGGGGGAGUGGUAAUAGGAGCGGGGAGCAUGAGACAGAAAGCGGGACGGACAGAGACAAGCAGCAGGAGGGCCGCACGGUGUGCAUUCGCUUGCGACGCGCAGAUGGCAAAGGGCGCAUGCACGUGAUUCAGUUUCCCUUUGACACUUCGCGAGACUCAGCGUUCAGUGUGGCAUGCGAGAUGGUGGACGCCCUAGGCCUGCCCGACUCCGCCCUCGCAUCCGUCGCCGAUGAAAUUGACGCCCAGCUCCUUGCCCUCGUGCCCGCCCAUGCUGCUGCUGCUGCUGCUGCUGCUGCUGCGACCGCCGCUGACUUGGUUGUGGCUUCUAGCUGUGGCGAGGAGGGGUCGGAGGGGAGUGAGACGGAGGAGGAGGAGGAAUGGGCGGGGAUAAGCGGAAGUGCAUAUGAGGAAGAGUAUGAGGAGAGGGAGGAGAGUGCGUUGGAAAGUGAAAAGGGCGGAGAGGAGGGUGAGAAGACGGCUGGUGUGAGCAGUGGUGGGGAGGAGGUGAUGGAGGAAGCAGUGGAGGGAGGAGUAGAGGGAUGGAGAGAGGGAGGAGGAGAAGAGGGAGAGGGAGAGAGGAAGGGAGAGGCAGGGGAAGAAGAAGGGGGAGAGGUAGGGGAAGAAGUUGGGGCGUCUGAAAUAGGCAAGGCAGAGGAUAAUCGUAGCAGUGUGGAGCACGUGGAGCAAGAGACAGAACAGCAUGCUGACGCUGCGAAGGAGGAGGAGGAAGAAGCCUGGGAGGGGGAAACGGAGGAGAUGGAGGAGGAGGUAGAGGUGGGGGGGCAGGCGGAGGAGCAGGUGGGAGGAGAGGAGGCGCGGGAGGAGGAGCAGGAAGGGGUGGAGAUCGGCGAGGGGUCAGGGUUGCUGGCUGUAACGCUCAGUGAUCUCCUCGCUAAGCUUGCCUCGUCCAAGCGCCACCACCUCCCCCCCAGCAGCAGCAAGCCGAUCCGCGGAAACAGCAUCACCUUUGGCGUGGGCACGCACGUGGGGCAGCGGCUGGGAGCGGUGCCGAGGGGUGUGUCGCGGUUGUUAGGGAUGGACGGAGCAGUGGAUGUGGAUGAGCUACAGGUGCAUGGGCGGUUUGUGUCUGAUGCACUGUCUGUUAUUGAGAGUGAGGAGGACGGGCUGUCAGGAGGUGGGUCUAUGGAGACCAGGCGUGCAGUGGAAGGAGCAGAUCGGGGUGCGACUGCUAACGUCCAUCCUACAGGUGCUUCUGUUGGUGCUGCUGCUGAUGGCACGGUCAUGCCCGGAUACAGUCACGGCGUCUCGUGCAUGCUGCAGCAGCGGCAGAGCAUGCGGUAG